GCGAGCGGUGUGCGAGCUGUUCUGCCGCGAACUACCAAACCCCGACUUCGACUAUACACGAUACAGUCCAAUCCCAACUAUCGAGCGCGAGUGCACGUAAUUGGAGCAAGCGGAUUGCCCGUUAAUUGCUGGCGACAGUAAUUGCAGGCCGCCGCAUACCAGGUGGGGCCAAGGUGUUCCCGUCCUGUUAAUGUGUCAAUUGAUUGAUUGCCCCGCGACCCGUGAUUGACGCGUGACGAAGAUGCUAUCGAAGAAGCGCUGGUGGAGGAUCCGCCUGCCGCAGGCUGUCAAGCCGGAUCCCGUGUUGAACCUCAGCGAGUGCGCCUCAGUGCUGGCCACCACCCUCGAUGGGUCCGCCAGCACCUCCACAGCCACCACGGAGAGCAGUGGCAGCCCCACGCGCCACCGCAGCUGCGACAGUCUGUCCAAGAGCUCCCAGGCGGAGGCGGGCAAGCUCUUUCCCCGGAACAUGCCCAGCAUUCGCCGAAGUCGCCGGAGGGCCCUCUCCGCGGAGCGGGAAGGCAGGGAGCGACUGGCUAGCCGGGAGCAGGAAAGGAUUCAGCCACCACAGGUGCCGCAGAAGAACCCCGCCCAGCAGUCCCGCCUGUCCACGGUGACCAAGCUCUCGCCCAGGAAGCAGGCAGCAGCAGGCAAGGCGAGCUGUUCCAAGAACCGAGGAAAUCCGCCGGCGAAGUGCAUCAUCAAGUCUGCGGUGAGGGCCAAGACCAAGCCGAAGCCCAGGAUAACGCUAGCGCCGUACGAAAUAGCCCUGGAGCUGCCCAACGAGUCGCCAGCUCCCACCUUGGCCAUGGCCGUCGCCCAGUCCUCCUCCGGCUGCGAGCUGAAAAAGGCCAGCUGCGAGGAGCAGUUCCACUCCUCCGGCAUCUCCUGUAACGGGGAGACCGACGACGAUGUGGAGGUGGCCAUGCUGACGGGCAGCCUGAGCGCCGCCCAGCUGGCCAAGAUCCAGAAGCAGCCUCCUCAACCACCUCCGACCGUGUCCCUACACUUUGGCGACCUGAGGAACCUCAACCUGUGCCGCAGCAGGAACGCCGUGUGGCUCAAUCCCAAGGACACGGAGCAGCUGAUCGAGCGGGACAGGAGGGACCCCGCCUUCUGCUUCAACCUGGCCAUUGCCGACGAUAUCCAGCUCAGCGAUAUUGAAGAACAAUUGGCCAGGUUUGAUGGCCACUCAAAGAGGCCGCCGCCGCCGCCAGCAGCGACAGCAGCCAAAACCACCCAAUCCAGCCAAUCCUCCUGCAAAUACAAGCCCACGCCCGCACCCCGCACCACCAGCAAAAUGCAACAGCAGCAGCAGCAGCCGCCCAGCAGCAGCUACUACACACAAACGGAAAGCGAGCUGCUCCAAAUCGAGGCGGGCGGCGCGGGCCUAACCUACGCCUCCCAUCGCCCGGAAGCCCAGCCUCAGUCGGCAGGCACCCAUGUGACUUCCACACAAGCACUGGACGUGCCCUCGGCCUCCUCAAGCGGCAGUAGUGGCGGCAGCGGCACCCUGGGGACCACCAGCCACUUUGUCUCUCCUCUGCAGCGCCGCCACUGCCAGCCGCCCAGCCAUCUGCCGUUGAACUCGGUGGCCUCUCCGCUCCGCACAGCCAGCUACAAGACGGCGCCGGCGGUAGGAGCGGGACAUGGCUUCCACCCCAGCCACCAUCACCAGCAACUGGACUUCCAGCGCAACUCGCAGUCGGACGACGACAGCGGAUGCGCCCUCGAGGAGUAUACGUGGGUGCCGCCGGGACUAAGGCCUGACCAGGUUCGCUUGUACUUCAGCCAACUGCCCGACGACAAAGUGCCCUACGUCAACAGUCCCGGCGAAAAGUAUCGCGUCAAGCAAUUGCUGCACCAGCUGCCGCCGCAAGAUAACGAGGUGCGCUACUGCCACUCGCUGAGCGACGAGGAGCGCAAGGAGCUGCGCAUCUUCUCGGCCCAACGGAAGCGGGAGGCCCUCGGCCGCGGAGCCGUCCGCCUGCUGUCCGACGAGCGACCCUGCAAGGGGUGCGAGGAGCCUUUGUCGGGUGGUGACAUUGUGGUCUUUGCCCAACGCUUGGGCGCCCAGUUGUGCUGGCAUCCCGGCUGCUUCGUGUGCAGCGUAUGCAAGGAGCUGCUGGUGGAUCUGAUCUACUUUCAAAGAGAUGGAAAUCUAUACUGCGGGCGACACCACGCUGAGACUCAGAAGCCGCGGUGCUCCGCUUGCGACGAGAUCAUCUUCUCGGACGAGUGUACGGAGGCAGAAGGCCGCACGUGGCACAUGAAGCACUUCGCCUGCCAGGAGUGCGAGCAGCAGCUGGGCGGCCAGAGGUACAUAAUGCGAGAGGGCAAGCCCUACUGCUUGGCCUGCUUCGACACCAUGUUCGCCGAGUACUGUGACUACUGCGGCGAGGUGAUCGGCGUGGACCAGGGCCAGAUGAGCCACGACGGACAGCACUGGCACGCGACGGACCAGUGCUUCAGCUGCUGCACCUGCCGCUGCUCCCUGCUGGGACGCCCGUUCCUGCCCCGAAGGGGCACCAUCUACUGCUCCAUCGCCUGCAGCAAAGGCGAACCGCCGACGCCGUCGGACACGAGCUCGGGCCCUCAGCUGCGGCCCACGCAUCGCGCCUCUACAUCCAGCCAGAUAGCCAGGUCACCGCGAAGGUCAGGGGGAGGUGAGCGGGACACAGGGCGAAGGGCGCCUCACCAUGGCCACCCAAAGGCCACAGGCAGUGCCGGGGAUCUGCUGGAGCGGCAGGAAAGGCAACGCAUGGAGGCCGCCGGAGUGGCGGACCUGCUGCUGGGAGGAGGGGUGCCCGGCAUGCCACGACCCGCCCAUCCGCCGCCCAUCGACCUCACCGAACUGGGCAUCAGCUUGGACAACAUUUGUGCGGGCGACAAAUCCAUCUUCGGCGACACCCAGACGCUAACCAACUCUAUGCCAGAUAUGCUGCUCUCAAAGGCCGAGGACUCGCACAGCUACCAGAGUAUCGACAAGAUCAACCUAAACUCGCCGAGCAACUCGGACCUCACACAGAGUACCCAAGAGCUGGCCCACGAGCUGGAGAUGGACAACGAGCCGGUGGGGGAGCUGCCCCACGACGGCUACGAGCAGCUGUUUGCCGGCAACCGGAACCAGGUGCAGUUGCCCCUGGGCCAGGACCAGGAGCUGGAGGAGGAGCUGCUGGACAACCGGCCGCUGAAGGAGGUGCGUUUCCACAGUGUGCAGGACACGAUGUCGCGUUCCAAGAGCUACACGGACAACUCCAACGCCCGCCGGCGGAGGCGACGUCGCAACCAGUCGCGCAGCUCCUCGGAGAUGCAGAUCAACCAGACCAACCUCCGGCUGCACAACGCCCAGACGCAGGCCGGGCCGGGAGCUCUCAACCUGCUAAACAACCUGGACAACUGCGACGUGGCUAGCAUCUGCUCCACCUGCUCCUCCAGCUCAUCGAGCGACAUGGACGACUACGUGUACCGCCUGCCCGCCCGCAAGCACUACGGCGGCGUGCGCGUGGCCUACGUGCCCAACGAUGCCUUGGCGUACGAGCGCAAGAAGAAGCUAACCCAGGACUCGUGCCUCGCCGGAGGAGUCGGUGUGGGCGUAGGCGGGGGAGUAGUGGGUGGCGGAUCGCCGGCGAUCAUGCACGAGAGCAAGAACUGCACUAUUUCUUGACCGCCCCCAAUGCUGCCGCCGCCGCCCCUUAACCUGAGCAGCUACUACAUCCUGGACACGAUCCUGGAGGAGCAGAGUCUGAUGCUGCCCGACAAGAAGCCGGGCUGCCUGAGGCGGGUCUGGAACUUCUUUGGCCUGGGAAAGGCCCGCCACUCCGCUGGCUCCCAGCACACCAGCAACGGACGCCUCUACAGCGUCUGAAGAUUUUAAAAACUAGAGUCUUAAGCGCGGUUGCCAAGGACACUGGCCUUUAUUUUAAAGGGGCACCAAGUGGCGACCGUGACUGUAAAUAACAUAUCGAGAUGUAUUAUACACAGAGUGCGAGACACAUAUGAGAUCAGAGAUGAGAGAAAUCGUUGUACAAAGCUGAAACUAUAUCAUAUUUGCAUUUAACUAUACGCAUGCCCGUGGGGGCAUUACCAUAACUAAUUAAGUAUUCUAGUGUUGGAUUAAGCAGAACAAAACAACCGACCAGCAGAGACCACAAGCAACGCAAUCAACGAACAAUAAAUUCCAACGAAUCCAACCGACGGCCAACAAAAGAAUCUCCGAGAGAGUGAAAGUAUUAUCUGUUUCCAAAUGUGCAAUAAUUUAAAAUGGCAAAGAGGCAGAACGCCUCGAGAAACAGCUCUUCCAGCGACCAAAACAACGAUUAACGAUUACCAUUUACAACAUUCGCGGUUUCUUUUCUCUGGCAAAUCAAAUUACAGAUUCUUUUGUUCGCAGGCCAAGCGUUUUAUGUAAUUUGCAAGCUUUCUCCAGAGCGUGAAAGGGAAAUUGUUAUAUAAAGGCUUAACUAUGUGUCCAGGGUUCUCGGAGGGUAGAAAGUUGGGCAGCCGACCGAAUCGAAAACAUAUGAUAAGAAUUAUUUGAUACCUUUGGUUUACUUGUCUAAGCAAUGCUAUAUCAACAAGUGUGUAUGGAAACAUAAUCAAAAGUAAAAUAUAUGUACUUGUAUUUUAUUCUAAAA